UAUUGGACAGUUUCUUUUGUAUAUUAUAUGACUUUAUAAACUCCAACAACAAUGUGCUUCUAUUUUUUGUUUCAGGCUAAAUCUACCCAAGACGUUGGCUGUCAGACUGAUUUAGUAAUCUGCAAAAAUGCACUUGUCCAGGCUCAUGUAAAGCCUUAUCGACGUAGCAAAGCCACACAGUUUAGAGCUCCCAGCCGCAGUGUGUCUUGUGACACAGGUACCGUGACGGAAAUUCAUCUUCCACAAAGUCCCAGAGCUGCGUACACACCCCUGAAAAGACCACGAUAUGAGGUGUCUGUUGUUGAUCCCAGCUUCCACCUCAAUGACAGUGCAAGCUCAGUGAACUGUUCAAGCUCUUUCACUGAGGUCCAUCCACAAAAGGACAAGAAGUACAUUGUUCAUGAGAAACAGUUGCUGGGGCUGUUCAGAAGGUGUCCCGUUUGUACCGGUCGUUGUGUUGUGAACACGACAACAGUCGGCACACUGCUCCGUGUGACACAACGGUGUUCAUGCUGUGAGCACUACAAUGAAUGGUCCAGUCAGCCCAUGGUGAACAGCAUCCCAGCAGGAAACCUCCAGCUCUGUGCUGCUGUCCUUUUCACAGGCUCAUCAUUUAGCCAGAUUUCUAAGUUCCUGGGUGCCUUCAAUGUGCAGGGACUGUCCAAGCAGUCAUUCUGUCGGCAUCAGGCAAAGCUCUUAAUUCCAACAGUGAGCUGGCAGUGGCAGCUAGAGCAAGCUGAUAUCAUCCAGGAGGCUACUGAAUCUGGACCUGUGACUCUUGGUGGUGACAUGCGAGCUGAUUCACCUGGUGAAUACGUUUAAAUUUAUUUAUUUUAUUCCUUUGCUAUCAAAUGUAAAUUAAGUAAUAACUUGCAU